AAAGGGCGGCCUAGGCCUAGGGCGCAGCCAAAGUCCUUGAACGGACGGCAGAGUCAAGCCUGCCUAGCCGGCUUUGUCCUGCCCCUCUCAGGACCAGGCGGCCGGAGGGCGCGGCCGGUGGGGCCCCUGGGCGCUUAGAAAGCCGGCUCUUCCCGGAUGGGUUGCAAGGAGAUCCCACCCGGCGAGCGCAAGCCCCUGUCCUCUCGCCCCCCUGAGCCCCUUCGCCCGCGUCCAAGUUCUCUCGGUUUCGGGGAAGCCAGAACUUGGAGAAGGAAGAGCUGUAAAACUUUCGGCUCCUCCUACCCCGCCUGGGGCGUCUGCUCUCAGCCGUUCCCCGGCCGGACGGGUUCAUUCCCUCGUUGGUGGUAGGUGCUGAGUCUGCAUGAACGCGAAGCGCGGCCCGAAUUCUUGCUUCCUCCCCCUCUGUGUGUCUGUGCCCCAUAAAGCAGCCUUUUCCAAUGAAGUGCCCCUUGGCAUGUGUUGGACUACACACCCCAUCAUUCCCAGCAGUUCCUGUUGCUGGUUGGGGAUGGUGGGUGGUAUAGUCAGCACCCUUGGAGGGAACUGGAUCAAAGCAGGCUAACCCAUUGGACCAGAUUCCCAAAUGUGUUAUUCCUCCUACCUUUUUUUAACCAGAGAAUAUUAGUUCAGCCUGAUGUAGAAACAGAUUCUGCAGAUUUUUUGUGCACACGUUGCAAGAAAGUUGAAGAACCAGAUUGCACGAAAGUUGAAGAACCAGAAAGGCAAGUGAAUAUAUUGAAACUGAACAUAACGACAGAGAGAUGGCUUCCCUUGGUGGCUCAAGGAACUGUAUUUUAAUUCAACUGGCAUCUUCAAUUAAUUGGGGAAAAUGCAUUAAUCCUUAUACAUUUUCCAGUAAAGCUUUAAAUGGACCCCAGCAUCAACUGAUAAAAUGCCAAGCAUGGAAUAAAAAGAACAGCAUUAGAUUUUAUUUGGGGAAUGAAAAUUCCAGAAUCUAUGGAAAUGACAUGAAUAGAACCCACAGAUGGCUUCCAAAUCCUAAAGAUAUAGGAAUAUGUACAACUAGAUGCAUCUAUUUUAGAAGGCCUUGUAUUCUCACUCAGCAAAAGGCAAGGAGAAAAGAUGUAUUAUUUGGAGCUACUGUGUCUCAAAAAUUACAAGACAUUACUAUUCAGAACAUCCAGAUCUUCAGAUGUUUUCAUGGAUCAUCAAUACUGAAAGCUGCUCCAGCUCCAAUCUUACUGAUGAUCUUGAAGCCAGUGCAGAAGCUUUUUGCUAUCAUCCUUGGGAGGAGCAUAAGAAAAUGGUGGCACACCCUUCCUCCAAACAAGAAGGAGUUAUUUAAAGAAUCUGUGAGAAGAAAUAAAUGGAAGAUAGUCUUUGGACUUUCUAGCUUAGGAGUUGUAUUUAUCAUUUUUUACUUUACUCAUUUGGAGGAGACACCAAUAACUGGACGCACUCGGCUUUUAGUGUUUGACAAGGAUCAAUUUGCAAAAGUGAUGGAAAUUGAGUAUAACAUGUGGAUGCUAGAAUUUAAGAAUAAAAUGUUGCCAGAAACAGAUCCCCAUUACCAGGUGGUCAAGAAAGUUGUUACUCAUUUAAUUGAAAGCAACAAGGAUGUACCAGAAUUCUCUGAAUUUACGUGGACUGUCCAUGUGGUAGAAGAGCCUAAUAUUAAUGCUUUUGUACUUCCAAAUGGACAAAUUUUCGUUUUCACUGGUUUGCUAAGUGCGGUGUCAGAUAUCAAUCAGCUUUCAUUCAUUUUGGGACAUGAAAUUGCUCAUGCUAUUCUGGGACACAAUACAGAGAAGGCAAGUCUGAUGCACUUCCUGGACUUCUUUUCAGUCAUUCUUCUCACCGUGAUUUGGGCUAUCUGUCCUCGAGACAGUUUAGCUGUGCUAAGCCAGUGGAUCCAGGACAGGUUUCGAGAGUUCCUUUUUGAUAGACCAUACAGCAGGAGUUUAGAAGCUGAAGCUGACAAAGUUGGACUUCAGUUUGUUGCUAAGGCUUGUAUGGAUGUAAGAGCCAGUUCUGUCUUCUGGCAGCAAAUGGAACUGGCUGAGACUAUACAGAACCAGCCCAAAUUACCAGAGUGGCUUUCUACACACCCAUCACAUGGGAAUCGAGCUGAACAUUUGGACAGACUGAUACCAGAGGCACUUAAAAUAAGGGAAAGUUGCAACUGUCCGUCUUUGCCUGGUCCAGAUCCCCGCCUUGUGUUCAGACUGACUAUGCAGCAGCUCUUGCAAGCAUUUGAAGACAAAAAAGACCCAGAUAUCCCUCCUCAUGGUUCUGCCCCCUCUAAAGUUAAGCUGCCUUUCGCUAAAAAGGAGACAGUGCCUGUAGACAUUGUCACUGGAAAAUAAUACUCAGGGAUGAAAGCAAAAAUACUUCUGGAUAAUUUUAUCCAAAUGUUUAUCACAUGGUAGAACAUCUGCCAUAAAUAUUUAUGAAAAUGUUUGACUGACAACAUGAAGAGACAGAUGUGAAUCAUGGGUAUGAUUUUUUUCAAUCCUAAUGUAGAUAAGAAACGUAAUGUUUGGAUGGUUUGGCAGAAGAUGGCUUCUUAUAUACAGGGUUAUCAUUCAUCCCUCUUUCUGAAACUCUUGCUUCCAUGGAAGCAUGGAUUACACUUAGAUAAUAGUACAUCUACCAAGGGCUAUAGCAACAGAUCCUCAAAGACUAUGAAAUGAUUGUCCAAUUUAUUCUUGUAACAAAUACCCAUUAUUUAUAUCACAUUAUAAUCUCCAGCUUUAUUUCUGUAUGAAGAGUUGAGGACGAUUUCCACUGGAAAAUCUUGCUUCUGUCUAAAUGUCUGCCUAUAUUUGGCAGCUGUUUCCAUGGUGCAUUUAAGUUAUAUUCAUUAGUUUGUAAGCUUAACACAACUUUGUUGAGCUUGUGUUGAAUUGUAGAAAUGCACUGCCUCUGUCAAGACGCAACAUGCAAUAAACUGUCCAAUGAGCUGGUCAGAAUAUCAUCUAAUUUCA